AUGAAGCAGUCUGAUUUCCGAGCGGAGCUGCUACGGCUGGCAACUGCCCUACCUGCGGAUGGUAUCAAGGGAGAGCCUGUGCGCAUGGUCUUCAACACUGCUGUUGUUGAUGUUGAUCCUGAGGUUGCUUCUGUUACGCUGGGUGACGGGUCUAUUGUUCAGGGAGACGUCGUUAUCAUCGCUGACGGUAAGAACGGAAAUACUUGCUACCGCAUCGCCAUCUCCUCUGAUGAGGUCAAGGACGCUGUCGGCUACCUGCCCGAGUGGUGGGACCCCGAGACGGCCGACAAUCGCAUCAACGCCCUGCAGGUGUUGGAUGGCACGAAUCGUCUUGUUGUCCCGUACCCCCUGCGACAUUACGACUACAUGAACAUCUCGUGUCUCUUCCCCACGCGAAAUGACCGGGGAGGUAUUGAAGAGUCUUGGUAUGCAGAUGGUGAUCGCAAGGAGUUGAUUAGCACCUUUGUCGACUUUUACGAGCCCAUCCGAAAGAUACUCAGCAUUGCCAAAGAGGUCAAGGUUUGGGACCUUCAGGACAUGGAUCCUCUCCCAAACUGGCACAGGGGACGCGCCAUUGUGAUUGGCGACGCCGCACACGCCAUAACGCCCAUGCAAGGCCAGGGAGCCAACAUGGCAAUGGAGGAUGCAGACAGUCUUAGGCUGUUGCUUCCAGGCAUGGACGAGGAUGAGAUCAAAUCGGUGCUCGCCAAGGUCGGCUGUGGGCAAGAAUGGCUCAACUGCAGAGACGAGGAGAUGACCGUUGAUCUCCGCACGCGUCUGCCCUCGUCGAUCUCUCAUCCAGACACCAGGCAGGCCAUGCCACGCACGUGUGCUAGCUACCGCUACGAUGGUGAACAAUGCCUUCUGAUAGAUGAGGUGCAUCUGACAGAGAUGCUCAUGGAGGACUCCUUCGUCACCUUGUGGGAUGCAAUAUUUGUGUAG